UCUGGUGAUUUUUAGUUUUUUGACCUGGCAACCUUGAAGUGAUGGAAAAUAAAUGGGAGAAAUGUAAAUAAAUAAUGUUUGUCCAAAACUGUAAUCAUUUGGACCACAGAUAAUGACUAAAUUUAAAGUAAUAACGCCAGGUACAGUUAAAUGAGCCCUUGAAAGGUUUUGAAAUGGUAAAAACCAGCUCAAAAAAUAGCAAAUGGAUAAGAAGGUAUAGAACGUUUUUCAUAAUUGGAAUAGUGAUUCUAGCCUUCCAGAUAUAUCUAGCUGUUAAAUUUUUAUCAAUAAACAAAAGUAUAGCAGAACCCAACGAUAAUAAGUGGCUGUCAGUGCAUUUCGACGACGAACAGGAGGCUGAUGUAAAUUCUGCUAAUAAAUUCAAAGCCAACCAUGAUUAUGAAGUUAGUUCUGUUGUUCAAACACAAAAAACUAAAGAUAAAACCAACCACACGUACUCCUUAAAGUACGAAGAGUUAGAUUUCGUACCAGCUUGUCAGAUUUCUUCAAAAGAAGCAGUGUCUGCGAUUAACAGAGCCAAAACGCAAACCUGCAAGCAGUUUAUCUCGAAUAUUACUUGUCUUUCUAUUAAAAACGAGCUAUAUCCCAAGGAAUUAAAGGGGCUAUGUCCAAAUGGGGAAUUUGUGGCAGGCAAAGAAUUGGGCUGUUUUAAAGACGAAAAAAAUUUUAGAUUGUUGACGGGAUAUUUUGGUAUCAGUAAAAAGGAUAAUUCUCCAAAAUAUUGUAUGAGGUUGUGUCUGCAGUCGGGAUUUCCAUAUGCAGGGGUUCAAUAUUCGAAUGAGUGUUUUUGUGGAGUGGACGAACCACCUCUAACGUCUAAAGUUCCUGAUUCUUCUUGCAACUUGAAAUGUCCUGGUGAUGUGCAUGCUACCUGUGGAGGCUAUUAUAAUAUGAAUGUUUAUCAUACAGGAAUUAAAAGAUUCAUUCCACAGACAGCUAACAUUGAGACAGAAAAUAAAACUAGAAGUACAGUGAAGAUAGUGUUUCUUUUAACAUUAAAUGGUAGAGCUUUGAGGCAAGUCAAGAGGCUACUUAAAAUAUUAUACCAUAAGGAUCAUUAUUACUACAUACAUAUAGAUAUUCGUCAAGAUUACCUCUACAGAGAAUUGCUGCCCUUAGAGCGAAUUCUUCCAAAUGUUCGUUUAACAAGAAAAAGAUUCGCUACAAUAUGGGGUGGAGCUUCGUUAUUAGAAAUGCUCAGAUCCUGCAUGUGGGAACUCUUGAAUAUGAAAGACUGGAAAUGGGAUUUCGUGCUAAACCUCAGCGAAAGUGAUUUUCCAGUGAAACCCGUCCAAAAGUUAUCUGAAUUUUUAACUUUAAAUAAAAAUAGAAAUUUUGUAAAAUCUCAUGGAAGGGAAGUACAAAGGUUCAUCCAAAAGCAAGGUUUAGAUAAGACUUUUGUCGAGUGUGAACAUAGAAUGUGGCGUAUAGGUGACCGGAUUUUGCCUUCUGGUAUUCAAAUGGAUGGAGGAAGUGACUGGAUAGCAUUAUCCAAAAGUUUUGUUGAGUAUGUUACUGAUCCAGUCUCCGAUGAUCUCAUAACAGGACUGCUAAAAAUUUUCAAACACACUCUCCUACCAGCAGAAUCUUUUUUCCACACCGCACUAAGAAACUCCAAGUUCUGCGAUACUUACAUAGACAACAACUUACAUGUUACCAACUGGAAGAGGAAGUUAGGGUGUAAGUGUCAGUACAAGCACAUAGUGGACUGGUGCGGAUGUAGUCCGAAUAAUUUUAGACCAGAAGAUUGGCCUCGGAUUGUCAAUACACUGUCUAGGCAAUUAUAUUUUGCUCGGAAGUUUGAACCUUUAGUAAACCAAGCAGUUAUUUUGCAGCUAGAGCUUUGGUUAUGUGGUUUGGACACUCCGUCAAGAAGUGUAGAGAAUUUACAUGGUUAUUGGCAAAAUCUUUACCAUCAUAGAGACCUGGAAGUUACAAAAAACGAUGCUCUGUUGACUAUAAGCAAUAGUGUGAAAAGACAUGCGAUGAAAAUGCUCAAUAACGACACCUGUUAUCUAAACACUCUAUUAGAAGUAACUUCGUAUCACUUUAACAACUCUUAUCAAUACACUUUAUUCAAAUUCGACGUUUCUGAUACUCACUCUGUAGAAUUAGCAGUUAAACCUUUAAACAAGAACGUUCUUUCUAAAAACUCAACGUUGAUGUCUCACUUAGAUUUCCUGACUGUAGCUACUGAUUACGAUCAAAAGGAGCAGAUGUCCAGGAAUUUUUUAAGAAUUAUGUCUCCGUUUUCUGAGCCUUUACUGAUUUAUAGCUUUUCUCGAAGUCCCGGGUCUAAGAUUUAUAAUCUUACGUCGAUAUGGAUCGGUCCAGAUGGGCAAAUGUAUGAUGCAGUGGAUUUUUCGGUCGAUAGCUCGUCGCUUCUUGGUAAUGUUAAGGCGGGACUAAAGCAGCCCAUUUUGCCAGGUGUUUGGAAUGUAAAACUAAUCUACAAGAAUUACCAACUGUCCGAAACGAAAUUCCUCAUAACCCCCUUAGAAUAUUUCAACGGCUCUCCCAUACGACCACACCAAGUGACCUAUCUCCACGGCGGUCCUAAAGACAAGAAAGAUUUCAAAAACUCUUUCGGCAAAUUCCUAGCCCCUGAUAAACAAAGACAGGAAAUGGAGCGCGCCAGCUUAGCUAAUUCUCUUAAAACCGACGUAGAUCUGACCAAGUGGGUCGAUGAACUUUUCCUCGAAUUUUAUGCCAUUAAAAAAACGUGUGAAAGUGCGAAAUCGUCGCAAGUGUGUGGUGUGAAGUUGGGUAAAUGUGAAGAGAGCAGUUGGAGCUCCUUAGCUCCGGAUCCCAAGAGUGCCAUAGGACAAGUUAAUUCCACUACUGGGACUUUUGAUAUUUGGUAAAUGUUUUGUCAGUGUGCAUAAGUGUCUCAACAGAAAUCUUCUGUUCUUAGAGGUCUUGCAUAAUAAUUAUCACAAAUAAUCAUGCAUUUUAGGACCAAAGACGAAUGGGUAGUGACCUUGUGCGGGACACAAAGCAAAUACUCCCACUGAUAUUUUUGAUUCACUAAUAAAUUACUAGUUUGUAAAAACUGUACAGUAUAAAAAGUAUUCUCCUGAUCUCGGUAACACUAUCAUUAUUUUGUCUUAAUUUUGAAGGUAUUCUAUUGUCUUCUAUGAAGAAAUUUACCUUAUAGUCGAUUUGUGAACGUUGAUCCACAGAAAUCUUUGUCAAAGUAGUGUACAUAGAUAGUGAAAGGGAAAAAGCUAGUUUGAGAAACCUCAACAAAGAAAUGAAACAAAGAUGCAAGACUGAUAAACAACAAUACUAUCACAAUAUAUGUAAAAAAAUCAAACAGGAAUCUUGAGAACCAACAGAGAAGAUAUAGCAGAUCAGGGAGAUUAUAUUGCCGGGACCUAUAUACAGGGUGUUAGUAAAUAAGUAUGAAAAACUUUAAGGGCUAAUUGUACAUGAAGAAAUAAUGCCGGUUUGCUCGAUAAACAUAUGUCCGCAAAUGCUUCGUUUCCGAGAUACGGGGUGUUGAAAUUUUUAUUUCAAACUGCCAAUUUAUUUAUUGCUCUAAGACCAGUUGAGCUAUGUAAAUGAAAUUUGGUGAGUUUUACGAGGUAGUUAUUGCGCAUUUUUUGACAUAUAAUUAAGAAUUUUGUAUUCAUCAUUGGCGCGCAUACCGGUAAUAGUCUGAAUUUUUUAAAGAAAAAUAUAGUACGCCACUGAGAUAUUUCAAAUAAAAAAUUAUUUUUAAAUUCCACGUUUAAUUUUUGAUAAAAAACCUUUCUUGCCUUUUUUCAUAUGGGGCACCGUUUUUAUGCAGAAAAAUAAAACAUCUUGACGCAUAUUUUUCAUUUCUUAAUACAUUAUUAAGAAAUAUCCAAUAUAAUAAUACUUAACUGGAACAAUAACAGAAAAUAUUACUAAUAACUUUUUACCUAGGUGCAGAGCUACAACACAUGUUAAAAAUGACCUCUUUUAGAGGUUACAGAAGAAUUUUAUAUUCAUCAUUGAUCGCGCGUACGGGUAAUGGUCUGAAUUUUUUUAAGAAAAAAAUAGUGCGCCACUGAGAUAUGUCAAAUUAAUUUUUUUUUUGAAUUGCUGGUUCAAUUUACGACAAAAAAUCUUUCUUACCUUUUUUUCAUAUGCGGCGCCGUUUUUAUGCAAAAAAAAUAAAACAUCUUAACGUUUACAAAGUAUUUGAACUAAGUUUCUAUGCAUAUGGAAACUACCUCAAAUACUUUGUAAGCGUUAAGAUGUUUUAUUUUUUUGUACAAAAACGGCGCUUCGUAUGAAAAAAGGCAAGAAAGAUUUUUUGUCGUAAAUUGAACAAGGAAUUCAAAAAUGAUUUUUAGUUUGACAUAUCUCAGUGGCGUCCUAUUUUUUUCUCAAAAAAAUUCAGACCAUUACCCGUACGCGCGCCAAUGAUAAAUAUAAAAUUUUUCUGUUAUAACUGUAAAGGAGAUCAUUUUAAACAUUUCUUGCAGCUUUGCACCUAGUUAAAAACUUAUUAAUAAUAUUUUCUGUUUAUAUUCCAGUUUAGUAUUAUUAUAUUGGAUAUUUCUUAAUAAUGUAUUAAGAAAUGAAAAAUACGUGUCAGGAUGUUUUAUUUUUCUGCAUAAAAACGGUGCACCAUGAGAAAAAAGUCCAAGAAAGGUUUUUUUAUCAAAAAUUAAACGUGGAAUUUAAAAAUAAUUUUUAAUUUGAAAUAUUUCAGUGGUGUACUAUUUUUUUCUUUAAAAAAAUUCAGACUAUUACCCGUAUGCGCACCAAUGAUGAAUACAAAAUUCUUAAUUGUAUGUUAAAAAAUGCGCAAUAACUACCUCCUAAAACUCACCAAAUUUCAUUUUCAUAGCUCAACUGGUCUUAGAGCAAUAAAUAAAUUAUUGGCAGUUUGAAAUAAAUAUUUCAACACCCCUUAUCUCGGAAACGAAGCAUUUGCGGACAUAUGUUUAUAGAGCAAACCGGCAUUAUUUCUUCAUGUAGAAUUAGCCCUUGAAAGUUUUUCAUACUUAUUUACUAACGCCCUGUAAAUAUGAUCUACGCCAGGAACUUAUCCAUCAAACCCCUAAAAAAAUGGAAAAAGAACCUAAUCUACUCGAGAAUGAAAUAAGACUGGUGAUCAGUAAACUCAACUCUAACAAAGCACCAGGUCCACAUAUGAUAACAGCAGAAAUGCUCAAAGCUACAGAAGAAACCGGGAUAAAAUUGCUUGACUUGCUCUUUUUUUACAAAAUAUGGUAUUCUCAGCAAUGGCCUAAUGACUGGACAAGAUCUACAAUAACUCCAUCAUCAUCUUCAUCAUCCAGAUUCUUUUCUUGUCCACUGCAGAACAUAAGCCUCCUCAGCACGACUCUAGGAAGUUCGAUCUUGUGCUAAUUGCAUCCAUCUACCAUCAAUUAUUUUUAUGUCGUCUGUGAAGCGUGUUGGUGGUCUGCCUCUGCUUAUUUUGUUCAUGCGAGGUCUCCAUUCUGUCUUUUUGUUCACAUGUCAUCCUGCCGUCUCGCUAUAUGUCCGGCGAAACCCACUUUAAUCUGGUAAUUCUUUUUAUGAUAUCUUGCACACCCGUUCUUUUCCUUAUUUCUAAAUUUCUCAUUCGAUUCGCAACAAGUCUUAUUUCCAUGGAUCUUUCUAUUUUCCGCUAUGCUAUUCUAAGCUUUGACACCAUUGCUUUGGUUAAUGUUAAUGUUUCAGCUCCGUACGUAAUGACUGGCAGAACACAUUGAUCGUAUACUUUCCUUUUAAGGCUUAAAGGAAUUUCACUGCUGAAUAUGUCUUUCAAUCUUUCAUAUGCUGCCCAGCGUAGACGAAUCCUUAUGGUGGUAUGUGGAACGCCAUCUAAUAUAACUGGUAUUUACCUUAGUCUUCAGGUUCUUUUCAAUGUUAAGUAGUUAAGGGAGAAUAAAACAUCUUCACUCGACGAACACCAAGUUUAUUCUAAUUUCUCAUUGUAUUAUUUUUGACAAUCAAUGUGUGUUAUUUUUACAAAUACACGGGUUGCUUAUUCAGCACCCGUGGCCCAAGGAUUCGUACACUAAAUAUUUAAAUAAACAAUGAAGGUAAAUGUUAGUCGAUAUUACACAAUCUUGACCCAGUUCAAUAUUGGAUAUUAUUUUACAUCUAUUAAUUUAUCUUGUAAUACUUAUGAAAAUCUUUAUCUCUCUUAUUCCAGGACAUCCUUCUAUCUAUCUCGUGGGUCUGAUUGUCUCUAGAAAUUUUGAUGUCGUAUCCGAGAUAUCAAUAUUGACUUAUUUCUUCUAUGAUAUUGUCUUCGAGUGUUAUUGAUCCUCCUAGAUAGCACCAAGUUAGUCAUCAUUUUGGUUUUGUCUUUAUUUAUUUGCAAAUCAACCUCUUCUGUUGCUUUCGCAAGCUUUGUGAGCAUUUCAUUUGCUUCGUUGAUGUCGUCAGCGAGUAUGACAAUAUCGUCAGCGAACCGGAGAUUGUUGAGUUGCUUUUCGUCUAUGCGUAUUCCCUUGUUGGCCCAGUCCAGUUUUUUAAACGCCUAUUCUAAGACAGUCGUGAAAAUCUUCGGUGACAUUGUGUCUCUAACACCUCUCUCUACUGUAUAACAAUAACUCUAAUACAUAAAAAAGUUAGCUUCCAUAAAUACGACAACCAUAGAACCAUCUCCCUUAUCUCACAUGCCAUUAAAAUACUGCUACACAUAAUCAAUGAGAGAUUGUAAAUAAUUUGAACAAUUUGGCCUCUUUGAAUUUCGUUAGUGGCAAUUUUCAGUGGAAGUAUUUUAUUCAACUUGUCCAACUGUUGAGAUAUUUUAUGCACACUAAUUCAAUGUUUUUGCCUUAUGAAUGUGAUAUUUUUUGGUGCUCAAUUAAUUUUAAGUCUAUUCGACUGAAUACAGAAAACAGUUAAGAAUUUCGUUCACUAAUUCUUUCGAGGGAACAUUAACGCAAGGUACUAUUGGUAUUUAGGACUAAAUUCAUUUUAUUUUUAUAUUACACUCUUAAUUCAAAUUAGCCUUUAAAUUGUCGAGAAAUGAUUCAGUAUUUGCUAAUUUAUAAAUAAGGUUCAUGUCAUGAUAUUUUGGUUAUUGUUAAAUCUUUAAAGCUUUAACAAUAACCAAGAAAGUAAGAAAUAAAAUUCGUGUUGUCCAAAAAGCCAUGGAAAGCUCGAUGUUAGGCGUUUCUCGUAGGGAUCGAAUUACGAACAAGGAAAUAAGACGGAGAACAGGAAUGAUAGAUGCCAUAGAAAGAAUUAUGAUCCUAAAGUGUAACUGGGUAGAGCACAUGCCUAGAAUGUCGGAUAACUGGAGACCAAGACAAAAAGCAUAUCGAAGUAGAGAUCGUCCACCAACAAGAUGGUCUAAUGACAUAAAACGGAACGACCAACAUUGGAUGCAAACAGCACAAGACAGAAAUAUAUGGAAAAGACUAAGGGAGACCUAUAUCCAGCAGUGGAUAGAUCCGGGCUGAAUGAUAAUUAUAUAAUGAUCCGGCUCGAAGGACCAACUUUCAAGUAACCUCACACUUUCAUACAAAACCUUACAAUUGAACCUAACAACUUAGCAUGAAAAAUACAAGAAUCGUCUAUUAUCCGGAAUAUUUUUAUAAAAAGAAUUAGUGAAUGAAAUUGAUGUAAAUCUUAUAUAAUAUACAGAUUGUUAAUUGUAGUAAAAUAAUCAAAUUUUGACCAAUAAAAGCAUGCAUAUCAA